AUGGCCAAAAUCGCAAGCUUGGCGCAACAACACAAACUUGCAUUGGAAAAGGAGAAUCUUUACUUCGAUAUCAACGCAGUAGAUGAGGUCGAACGGACAUUGCGGAGUAUACCGUCGCCGUAUCCUACUUUCAACGCGGACUUCGACGAGGAGGCGCUUGAUUUGCUUCGAGAUCGCUAUCACUGCACCGAAGCCUGGCGAAAUGCUCUUCUGAUUUAUAUCGAAAGGGUCUUUCGCUGGACACGGGGAGAACCAGCACCUUCAAAUGCAAAAUACAUUGCUCGCAGUAUAAUGGAGCAUGCCAGAUGUAUACGAAGAGAGAACAACUUCCAGAAACAAAUUCUCUUGCCCUUAUUUUCUUGCUGGCGCAGAGAUUAG